AUGCCCCCAGAACUAUUCGACGAGAUCCUUGAACGGAUAUCUCAAGUCAUCUCAAGACAAGAUACGAAGUAUCGCUCCGCCCUUACACCUGGAUUGAAACUGGCACUGACUCUGAGGCAUUUGGCUACAGGAGACAAUUACUCGUCAAUCUCUCAUGCGUUUCGGUGCAGUAAGGCAGCAAUUUGGCAUAUGGUUCCUGAAGUAUGCAGCGCUAUUGUCCAGGCCUACAAAGACGAAGUGUUAACCGUUCCUGUGACACCCGAUGAGUGGAAAUCAAUCUCCCAGGAAUUUGAAGACAAGUGGAAUUUGCCACAUGCAGUCGGGGCUCUAGACGGGAAGCAUGUUGCUAUCAGCAAGCCACCAAACACAGGUUCCCUGUACCACAACUACAAGGGAUUUUACAGUAUCCCUCUCCUUGCAUUAGUUGAUGCCCAGUAUCGUUUCAUAUGGAUUGAAGUCGGUGGAGUUGGACAUAUGUCGGAUGCCCAAAUCUAUAAUGAUUAUGGAUAA